CAGAAAACUGCCAAUAUCCGUUUGACAUUUGACUUUUUUGUCUGUAAUUUUCAAACAUUAGCUAGCAGAAUUUUCCCCUGAUCGACUUUCCCAUAUCUCGAUCUUUUUCGCAUCUUAAAUCGCAUAGUAUCAUAAUGUCCAAGGUACAAAACUCCGGCGCCACCACCAAGCUUUCUCAACACGAGAUUCUUCCGGCCAAGAACGACAUUGGCGCUCUUGCCAACAGAAUCAACUCCGAAACAAGAUCUCUCCAUGACAAAGUCGACAAGUUGGUCACCCUCAAGAUGGCCCUCGCACUCAGAGACGGCAAGAUCUACAGACAGGGCUUGCAGAGUUUCUACCAUGUUUUUGCAUCCAUCGAAAAAUCGCUCCACGCCCAGCUCGAGAAGGACGACGAAUGGACGCCAAUGUUGAAGAGCGUGUGGAAGCCAGAAAUUGCUAGACGUGAGAAGGCAGAACAAGACUUGUUGUUCUACUACGAUGACAGAAAGGAAAAGUUUGUCAACCCUAUCAUGCCAGAGCAGAUCGCAUUUGCCAAUCACAUCUUGGAAGGCACUGCCGAAAAGCCAUACUUGCUCUUUGCCUACUUGCAUGUUAUGUACUUGGCCUUGUUUGCCGGUGGAAGAAUCAUGAGAUCGUCUUUCGCAAAGGCUACUGGCUUGUUCCCACACAAGAACGGCUUGUCCCACGAAGAAAUCGUUAAGUUGGGAACGAAUUUCUUCACGUUCGAUGUUGCUGACGAGAACUUGCUCAGAAUGAUCUACAAGAGAGACUACGAGCUUGUCACCAGAAACGGUCUUACUGAAGAACAAAAAUUGGAAAUCAUUGAAGAAUCAAAGUAUAUUUUUGAACAGAACGCUAAGUGUAUAGUCGAGCUUGAAGCCCACAACAUGGCCAGAUUAAAGCUGAAGUGGUCCUACUUGGCUGUCACUAAGGGUUACCAAGCCCUCUUGGUUAUCCUUGCCUUGCUUGCAUUGGAAUACGUCAGAAGAUUCAUCUACAGCUUUGCUUAGAGAAUAUUGAAUAUUCAAUCCACAGCAAACAAAUUUCAGUUCUAUUUCUUUUUAUUAUUAGUUAUACCUUUUGAUUGCAUAUCUAUUCACCAGUGAGGUUUGGUUGGGAUGGUGUUUAAUAUAAACUGCCAGU